AUGAUCAUUGGGGUGGUGUCCUUGACGGUUCUGACGAUCGUUGGAGGCGGGCUGGAUCUCACCAUUGCCGCCGCCUCUAUUUCCGUCUCUCUUGGCCUCUUUGGCUUCUGCGCCCUGCCCCCGGUGAUUGCAAAGGUCAAUUUGUACAUUUUUGUGCACAUCACGCCCUACCUCCAGCUGCCGGCUGCACUUCGGAGCCUUUACGUGGCAACGCCAGACUGCAUCCCCGAUGGGCCGCACUUCAACCUAUUCUUCGAUGAUACCAUUGGGAGCCUGAUUGGCAACGUCGCGGGCAUCGUGGGGACGGCGCUCUUUGCGCACGUGUUCUCCAAGCGCGGCUAUCGCUUCACCCCUAUUCUCACCAUGGGGGUUCAAAUUCUGGGCAGCAUCUUCGACAUCAUUAUUGUUAGACGCUGGAAUGUGCAGGUGGGCAUCGGCGACCACGUGAUGUACAUCCUGGGCGACCAGGUCGUGUACGAGUUGUGCCACAUGCUCAGCUGGAUGCCGUGCAUCCUGCUCGUCUUGCGCGUGUGCCCAUAUGGCGUGGAGGGCGUCAUGUACGCCCUGCUCGGAGGGUUUGGUAACCUUGGGCAGGCCCUGUCAAACAACCUGGGCUCCAUUCUGAUGCAGUACGCGUACCCCAUUCAGACGAAGGCCCCCUGCGACUUCAGCAACGCGCCGAUGCUGCUGAUGCUGCUGCUGCUGCUGCUGCUUGGCGAAUUUGUCGUUGCGCUGGUCAGCCUCGUCGUCGUCUUUGUGUUGGUCCCCAACGUCCGCGUGCGCGACGACCUCGACCUGGAAGGUAAGCGCAAGCGCACACCCGCGGAGGAGAACGCAGGCGAGGCGGCGGGGAGUGAGGCGGAGGGACGCAACUAA